AUGGAAACACAAGGCGAGGCGCAACACGAGACUAUUGAACCACAAACCAGAGAUGAUGCUAUGGACGUUUCUGAUUUGUCUGACGUGGAUCAAGGUAGUGAAGAUUCUAGCGAUGUCGAUGCCAAUGUGCUAGAAUCAAACUUGGAUUCUAAAAAAAAGGCACAAAAGGCUAAACGGAGAAACAAGAAGGAAGCGGCACAGAUAUUAGGAAUUGCGAAGUCUCAUCCUCUGCCACAUCCUGCUGGCGCUUUGUCGACUUCUGUAACCGGUUUCAUCAAAUUUAUGAUGGGCUUGUCGAAUCCACAAUCGCCUUUACCAGCCCCGCCUUCUGAUGCUGAAAUUUUGGCGUGGACCAAUUACGUCUCGCAGCGCCAAGAAAUAGUUGUGCAGAAUUUGCAACCCACAGCACAGUCCAAUCAAGCGACCAAUAAGAGCUCUGCAAAUGCAAAGUUUCAGCGAAAUGAAAAACUCAACCAAAUCCGAAGCCAAGGAUUGGCUCUUACUACUUAUACUGCGGCACCAGAGGUCUUGCCUGACGCUAGAUGCCCUCCGAUCUCUUCUCAAACAAAAAUUCUUUGCGACAACACGUUUCAACGCAAAGGAUUUUCUCGGAUCACUUUCCAAUGGAAUGCGCGAUCACUCACUGCUUCAAAAUGGAAUACUGCAACGGCAUUAAUUCUGAUAGAAAGGUGGAGCGACUGGUACAAAACGAUAACCGAGAAUCCGAAUGAUCUUAAAGAGGAUAUCCAAGGUAUAAUUGAACGAUGGCUUAGAACCUAUAGAAGUAUUUAUAGCAAGCAAUUAAAGGCCAAACCCGAUACUCAUGCCAUUCCUUCAAGCGAUGAGCGUGGGCAAUCAACUAGUGCUGGAGAGCGUGGGGAUGGUAUGCCUGCAGUUCCUGCACACGUUUCUGCAAAGCAUAGGAGGAACCGGAAAAAUGUUUCCGAACGAAGAUACCAGGCAGCAAAAGCACUCUUUCCGAACAAUAAUAGCUUCACCAUCCUUUUCAAGGAUAGUCGAUGUGUUUCCGAUUAUGAAGACAACAUCAACCCAAAUUCCCCGCCAACUCGAAUCAUUCCCCGCUGGCGCAGUGAUAUUUUUACCAAAGUUUCACAUCAGUUAGACGAGGCAGCAAUACUACUUCAAAAGAAUCCAAGAAGUCGAUCUAAUGUGUACAAUCAACUUCGUCGAGGGGGUGCUAAGUUAGAGUCGCCCGACGCUGAAAAACCGAUGGAAGCCCCUCAGAAAUUCCCCCGUGAUUCAUAUGAUGAAGAAUACUUAAGCGGAAUUCUGCCCAUCGAACGCCGUCACCUGAAAAUGAAAGACCCAAUCAAUCAUCAAGCCUUUCUUGUAUCGCUCUGUAAGCAAACGGUCCGUGGCUACAAGAAUCCAGACGAAUCCAUCGCUGCAAGCCAAGGUAUAAGUGCAGCCGAAACGGGGAAUUCGGGCCAGCCGAGUGUUGGCUCUACUAUGCGGAUAAAUUGA